CUUUCUGCCUGGCUGGAACCCCCUAGGGCGGAGCCCGCUUCGCCUGCCUGCCUGCCUUCGCCCCGCCUGGCCCCGAUCGCGACUCCUCGGCUUCGAGGGCGAGCGAGCGCGGCUGCUUCCUCUCCGCCUUCGCGGCCCGCCCCUUCGUGCUGCUUCCGCGCCGCGCCCGACUCCAGGUGGGCGCUCCUCGGGGCCGCCGGUGGUGGCGGACUGCUGCCCUGCCCGCCUCCUCCAGAGACACCUUCCGUCCAGCCUCGGAGCGCCCUCUGGGGGAUCCCGCCAGCCGCGCGCCCUUCCUUCGCGACGGCAGCGGCGGUGGGCAAUCAGACAGCCACGCCCCGGGUUUCUGCGAGAGGCGGAGGUGACUGCUUCCGACGGGGUCCCCGCGCCCUGCCUCGGCUCGCCGUUCCCGCAGCCCGGCGGCGCGCAGCCCUUGCGCUCUGGCCACCGUGCGCUCUGGCCGCGGCGCGCCCUGCGAGCCCAGUGCCGAGCUGUGAUUUGGACGGGGCGGGCUUGGGGUUGGGCUGCGUAGGGCGAGGCCGCUGGCGGAGAGCCGGGGCUUCCCUGACGAUACCCGCCUCUUCUUCUUCCCUGUUCGGCAGGAGCAGGCUGCGGCGGGCGCGAUGGAGCUGGAGAGGUUGCACGCCGAGGAGGAGCGGGCAGCCCGAUCCCAGGAGGAAGAGGAGGGCGAGGAGGAAGGCCGGAACCGUGCGGCCUGCCUGAGCUGCGACAGCCUCCACAACACGGUGUCCAAGUGGAUGCUCCCGGAGGAUUCCCGGGCCACCUAUCUGGAGAGAGCCAACUGCAUCCCGCCACCCAUCUUCAUCCUGGGCAUCAGCGUGGCUGAGGUACGGAGCUCUCCCAGGAAAUGUUCAAAACUCUUCCUUGCUACCCGAACCCCGCCUAAGAUCCCAACAUAUUUUUCACAAUUUAGAAUGACAGACAGAGUAAUAAUCCAGGAUGCCCUCUUCCCUGUGCGUGUGACAGUUUGAAUCUGUGGUCUCAUUUGCCUUCAUGAGUAAAGUGUUCCCACUCCUUGUUCAGUUACUUGGGGCUCCACCUAGCUGUCAAUUUACAAAAAAGUCCAUGCCAUGGUGCAGCCUUCAUGGGAUUAUAUGAUUUCAGAAUGCAAGGGUGGAAUGGCUGAAAUGAAUUCUCUGACUUGUCAGGAACCUUGCGCUGGGAAAGCAAGGAAAAGCAGUCCAUCCUCCUCAGUAAAAAUGACUGCUACCUUUCUGUGUGCAGGGAUUCUUACUUUCUUCCUAUGUGCAUAUUUACAUGCUCUUUUCUGAGCAUAUAAAGUUCAUUUCAAGUUAAGUGUCAGUUAAUUGACAAUAGAAAUACUAUUGCCUCUAAACAGGGAGUAAACAUUUUGCUUUGCUGAUCUUAGUUUACAUGACUUUGGAUGAAUUGUGUCACUGUAUUUAAAGUAGAAAUGGUCCAAUGAGGGUCUGAAAAGACACAUACCCAUCCGAAAAGCUACUGCUGCUGAGGGAUUGCAGGGUUCUUUCCAGUCUGCAUCGGAAAGGAGCUCGGAAAUCAUGACUGCCAGGGUUCCUCUGGUCCACAGAAAGUGUUAUGUGUAUAGAAAAGUUAUAUUGUCUAACGCUGCUUAGCAAGGCUCCUUUGAAACACAUACUCAGAGAUUUCAUAGGAGAACACUGGCAGCAGUUGCCUUAUACCAAGUAAUGAUAGUCCCAUCUAGCUCAGUAGUGCCUGCACUGACUGGCAGCAGUGGAUCUCCAGGGGUUCAGAGAGGGAGUUUUCCCCCAGCCCUCUCUGGGGAUUGAACCAGGUUCCCUCUGCAUAUGCAGCAAGUGCGCUGCUGCUGAGCCUGCCAUAAAGGAAAACAAAUAUUGAGGCAUGUGGUCCCGCAGUGCCACUAGUCUAUGCAAAUGGCUGGCUCCAUUAAGACAACGUAGAACAUUUAUUCCAAAUAAUAAUGAAACUCGCAGGUGAAGAAUACUUUUAUUUUUAUAAACAUUUAAUAUUUGCAAAGGGAACAUUUGCAUGAGUUAACACUUCAUUAUCCCUUUGGAGCUGAGCUGGAUGAUUGGACUUUGGUCCUUACAGGCUACGGUGCUUCAUGGGUUACAUUUUUUUAUUCUUUGUUUUCUUUCUUUUUGUUAGGUUUGCACUUUUCUUUUCUUUUUGUAACAAAUCAAUAAAAAUAAUUAAAGAGGCAAAAUAAAUAAAGGAAGACUCCUCUAUCCCUUUGCCCUCAGUGCAGACUUCCUGUGCUCCUAAACUUUCGGAUGCACCAGGUUCUGGCGACUCUGAGAUAUGGGCGAGAGAUAGGUGGCAGCAAUAGCUGCUCUGCCCUUUCGUUGUUUCCCUGAGCCAGUCUGAGUCCGACUGCAACUCUCUCUGUGUUUCUUUCUAGGUGGCCGUAUUCAUUUAUUACGCGGUUUCGAAGCCCCAGAGUCAGUGGCUCACCCUAGACUGGGAAAGCAACCAGAACAGUCCUUUCAUUUACAGGCCUGACAAAAGGAAGGAAGCCUGGAGAUUCUUGUCUUACAUGCUGGUGCAUGCUGGGUAAGCAACCCAUUGCAUUGAUUGAUGGGAAGAAGACUUGGCCUGUUUAAAAUAAAACAAAAAUCCUGGUCUAUGGGAUCAAUGGCUGGGUUAACUUUGGAAAGCGCAACAGAAUCUAACAGGCUUUUAACCUCCUGGAGUUAAGAAAUGAUUCCCAUCUCAAGGAGUUUGGUUUGGAAUGUGCAUCCCAGACCUAAUAAAUAAAUAUAUAAUCCAGUAGCACCUUAGAGACCAUCUAAGUUUGUUCUGGGUACAGUGGUACCUCGGGUUACAGACGGUUCAGGUUACAGACGCUUCAGCUUACAGACUCCACUAACCCAGAAAUAUUACCUCGGAUUAAGAACUUUGCUUCAGGAUGAGAACACAAAUUGUGUUCCGGUGGCGUGGCGGCAGUGGGAGGCCCCAUUAGCUAAAGUGGUGCUUCAGGUUAAGAACAGUUUCAGGUUAAGAACGGAGCUCCGGAAUGAAUUAAGUUUUUAACCCGAGGUACCACUGUAUAAGUUUUUGUGUGCAUGCACACUUCUGAAGAAGUGUAUCUGAAGAAGUGUGCAUGCACACAAAAGCUUAUACCCAGAACAAACUUAGAUGGUCUCUAAGGUGCUACUGGACAAUUUAUUUAUUUAUUUAUUUUGACUGUCAGACCAACACGGCUACCUACCUGAAUCAUCCCAGACCUGUUAAGCUAUAUGAGUGUCUCCCCCUCAAUGAAGCUGGGAUGAGUUAUGGAUUAUUCUUCGGUGGUCACCCCUUUCUCCUAAAACGGUGCUUCUCUGGCUAAGCCUCAAGACAGCAGUGCACCUUCUAUGAUGUGAUUAAGAUUUUCAGUUUCGUGAGGCUUGGCCUUUAGAGCAGCACCCAUUCAAUCACAGCCAUGGCACAAGUGACUGAGUGGGUGACUUGUUGAGUGCCCCACAAAGAAGGGCAGCAGGGUCCCCAAAGUCUUUCCUUUGCUGGAGACCUUGUCUCAGUUUCCAUCUGGAUCUCAACUGCCUUAUGGCCCAGGGCUAAGAGAGUAGUAAGCGGCCUGUGUGUGUCAGCACCUGUAGUUAUCAUACUUAGCCUCCAGCACUUGAAUGUAGGUUUUGGUUUUGUCUUAAUCAAGAUAAACAUAAGUGCUGAUUCGUCUUCUCCCUGUGCUCUUUUCCUCUGCAGCAUUGAACAUAUCUUAGGAAACCUCUUCCUGCAGCUCCUCUUGGGGAUCCCCCUAGAACUGGUUCACAAAGGUCACAGAGUUGGGUUGGUCUAUAUUGCAGGAGUGCUUGCAGGUGAGUGGGAAGAGAUUGAAAAACAGGCAGCACAGUCAUGUCUCUUUCUAUGGGAAGCUGCCAGACUUGAGUGUUGACACUUGUGAGCAUAAGACAACAGGCAUGAGGAUGGGCAAUGAGUCAAGGGGUGGUGUUUUGCAAGGUCACUGACUUUCAGGGGCAUGUCCAGGUUUCUUGAUGCUGAAGCGUGGACUGUUAAGCCAAGUGCUUGAAGGUAGCAUUGCCAUUAUUACCGUAUUGGCCUGAAUAUAAGCCUCACCUUUUUUUCCAAAUUCCGACAGUGAAAAGUUAAAGUGCAGCUUAAAUUUGCGACCUUACAAAAAUUGGCUUUUACAAUAUUGCUGCUGAAACAGACACAUGGUAAAAUGGAACAAAAAAAUGUUUUCUUGCCAAUUUGUGAGCUUGAGACUGUUUAUUUGCCAUUUACAGGUGUGAGUGCCUGCGGAAUUGUAGCAAUUGAAUAGCAAUUUGUGAUUUUAGCGAUUGUACGGUAACUUUUGCGGGCUUGCAAGAUCAAAGGCUUAAAUUGGCUGGAGUUACAGUUCUACCAACCGCAGCAAUUUUCAGCCUAUAACCCAAUUUUAAGGGAGCAGCUUAUAUUCGGGUAUUGUCUUUUUUUCUCCCCCCCCCUAAAUUUUAAAGGUGUGGUUUAUAUUUGGACCAAUACAGUAAUUAACCUGCCACAAUCCUCUUCUCCCCACCACUGCUGCAGGUUCCUUGGCAAGCUCAGUCUGUGAUCCUCUCCAGGGCCUGGUAGGAGCAUCAGGAGGAGUCUAUGCUCUCAUAGGAGGAUACUUCAUGAAUAUUCUAGUGGUAAGGAGGUUGCUCAGGAUUCAAGUGAAGUUGUUUGCAAUUGGGGUUGGUAUUAGUAAAGAUAUAACUACUCAAAGGUAGACCAUACCUAUAUCAUUGUGGGUGCGAAGCCUAAUCCUAACUCUCUUUGCUCUAUGGGGAAACAAUUCUUUUAGGCACUUAGUUCCACAAACCAAAGCCCUGUGAAGAACAGUUGAAAGAGCAGGACAUGUUUAGCUUGGAAAAGGGAAGAUUAAGGAGAGCACUCUCAAAAAAUUUGAAGGUCCAUCAAGCAGAAGGUGGAUCAUAGUCUCAUUCUCUUUUGCUCCAUGAGGACGACACCACAACUUUGGGGGAUAAAGAUGGCAGGGGAGCAAUCAGGAGAAAUGCCUGAAUGGCAACAGGUUGUCAACUGAGGCUGUCCCAGGAGGUGAUGGGCCAUUUGUAGUUGCAGACCCUGCCCUGAGCAGAGGACUGGACUAAAUCACCUUCAAAGUCCCUUCCAAUAAUAUGAUUGUAUGAAAAUGCAAGAUACCUCCAUAACCCAUCUCUCAGACUCACCCAAAUGUUUCAAAGAUAUAGGAGUCCCAUACCUUCUCUCCCCUUUAUAAAAUAUGUGUUUUGGUGGUGGUGGUGGUGAGGUAACAUCUAAAUCAUAGAAACAUAGAGUUGGAAGAGACUCAAGGGUCAUCUAGUCCAACUCCCUGCAAUGCAGGAAUCUCAGCUAAAGGCUGUCAUGACAGAUGGUCAUCCAACAGCACCCUUAAGAGGUAUGGGGUUGUUCAAAGGUUUCUUAAUGUUUUUGUUCUUUACAGAACUUCCGAGAAAUGAUUCCGCUGUUUGGAGUUGUCAGAUUACUCUUCAUACUCAGCAUAGGUAUUUUUUAAUGUGUCCCAUUCUGAUCUAAUCUCUCUGUAAAUCUGUAAGCCCAUUUACUAAGCCAGCCUCUUUUUUCAGCCCCAUGCUCACUAGGGCAUACCUACAGUUCUUCUUUUAUGUGGCAGUUUAUUUACAUAGCUCCUUAUUUGUUUAAUAUCAUGCCUUUUAUCCCGAAAAAGCAGAGUGUCUAACAGAAAACAAUUUAAUACAGUCAUAAAAUAAUAGUAAUAAUUCUACGUUAUAAUCCACAGUUUGGAAGCAGAACAAAGUCUGGUGGACUGUUUUCUUUUCAAAGAAGGUGACUGUCAGGGAACUGACAUCGGAGCUAGAGGCAGAGGGGAGGCUCUCAAAUGAUGCUGGAGAAGGGCCCAGCAGGGAGAGAGGCAGCUCAGCAGAUGGGGAAGCAAAUCAGCGCAACACCAGAGAUAAAGGGGGGCAGAUGGGGGAAUCGGUGAGAGGGCUCCAGGACUCUUCACCGGACACCAGUGGGGAGAGCACGGGUCCUCCGCUACCCACGCCCUCCCUGCGCAGAAGGCUUCCACACAGGGAGAGUAGGAGGAGACUUGGCGUCAAACAACUUUUAUGUUGGGAAAGGUUUAAGAAACGCCCACUGACGGAUUCUGCUAGCGACUGAGGCAGCCACGAAGUGAAGGGCUGUCCAGACAAAAAGGUUUAAACAAGGCAACAUAGCCAGGAGAGGCAGCAACUUACGCACGAGCAACCCAUACUCAUUACAGUGACCCUUGCUUAACUUGGUUGUAAAAAUCAUUUAAAGGCGUAGCAAUUACGGCUGAGCCAUACAAUUCAGGCUCUUCUUAUAUCUACAAUGGUCUGCACCGCCACUACCAACUUCCAAAAUUUGUCGUUUAUAUAUAAAAAGAUUGCUCUGAUGUGCUUCCUCACUUGUGAUACCAUGAUCAAAAAUUUAUCCCCCCCCCAUCUUCUCCCAUCCACCCCUACCCCUUUUGUGAUCGUGAUAGCAAAGUAUUUUUGUGGCAUCCCAAAUUUGUCCCUUUUAACUUCUUUAUAAAAUAAGUAUUAGAUUUACUUUCAAUGUCUGCUUCCAUAGGUGAUACUGUGAUGCCAAAGGUUUAGAGCUUAUUACGCCCACAAAUUUGUUUUUUUUAAAAAAUACUCAUUUACUUACCAUUCCUAGGGGGCCCCUGCUGUGAUUCUGUGAGGCCAAAAGGUUGUUGUGACCUUCCCAGACUCCCAAAAUAUGUAUUUUUAUAAAAAAAAAAUUAAAUGGUGAUGCACACUUCUACAUUUUGGCCCUUAAGGACUUGACCCAGUGGGUCAAUGUGGCCCUUGAGCUCCACUGUCCUGUCAGUGGUUCCCAGGCAGGGAGGCUGCUCCAAAGUGUUUUGAGGCCUUGCCCAGUUUCCUUCUGACCACUUGCCUUGUUUUCUAGUUGGAACUGAUGUGGGAUUUGCUUUGUACAGAAGAUUUAUUCCCGAUAAUUCUGCGCCUCAGGUAAGCGCGUUUCCUGCAGCAGAGUUUCAUCGGGCUCUCUCAGCUUUCUGCUUUGGGAAACUAACUUGGCAUUCUCUUAUUUCCCUUCACCAGAUGCUCCUCCUUCCUUCAAGGGCUGAAUCCUUCCGCUCUUCAUGCUGUUGGCCUUUGGGACUGUAUGAUUUACCUGCGGCCUUCUUGCUCUCUCUUUUUCCUCUCUGGCACCUUACACAGGGUUAGAAUGAAGAAAGGCCUGUUCUACGGGUCCAGCUCAGUGGCUGCCUUGGAGCUUCAAAUAACACCGGAAGGAAGCUGAGGGGCACUUUGCAUGCUGCAGGUUGCAGGGGAAAGUGGGUGGGUGAGGAAGCCUGAAGAGAAGUGGCUACAUGCGGAAAGAGAGUCCGGGAACGGUUCCCACAUGAAGAUAGGGCUGAACGCUCUGGGGAAUGCUCUUACCUGCGUGCUCUGUAGGAAAGGACUAUUGGUCUUGAGUCAGCCUGGCAAUGCGUUGGAAGGAAAUCAGCAUGUUCUCUUGGUCCAUGCAGAGCAGAAAGGGGGUUCCCAACUGGGGGGGAAGGUUCUGUAGCUGGAGUCAGACAAGCUGCCUAGGAAGGGAGACCUGGCUUCCAGCAGCAACCAAGACAACGAAAAGCAGUUUCUACUAGGGAGUGGGUGUGGGGCAUGUGUGGCUCACUCUGAGGUGGGUGCCUCCCUCUAGCAGCAUUUGUUGUGGGGUCCUCCUGCCCCACCCUUGCAGUCUCCAGCUGGUUCCCCGUUUUUGUGGGUUCCCUGGAAUUCAAUAUCCCCCUGCUGCAUCAGUGCAAGCAUUUCUCCUUGCCAGGUGGAAUGGUCCACCCAUUGGGGGUUCUCCCAAUCCUCCAGAAUGGAUUUGGGGAAGGGGGAAGAGAAGGUGGGAGCCCUAUUACACUGGAUAAUGUGCUGGGUUAACCCCUUGUUUUUCCUGGCUGCUGCACAUUGGCAGAGUUGUUAGAGCUUUUGGAAGCUCUUCUUGCAAAGUCCUUGACUUGGGGCCAUUGUUCCUGCUUGCAGCCCCCGCCUUCCACAGUACAGACUGCGCUGAAGUCCUUCUGGACACUUGCUGGCAAUUCUGCUCUGACUUUCCCUUGCGCUAUACUCACAGCCUCUGUGUCAUGACCACUGCUUGAUCCUCCAUCCUAAAGUGGAACACCUGCUAAGUGUCUGUGUUUGUUUUUUCUCUUAAGGUUUCCUUUGUGGCCCACAUUGCCGGAGGUCUUGCUGGGAUGUCAAUAGGCUAUGUCAUAUUCAGCUGUUUUGAUAAGAAUUUCAUUAAAGAUCCUCGAUUCUGGGUCUGCAUAGUUGCUUACUUGGCAUUUGUAGUGUUUGCUGUAUUGUUCAAUGUGUUUUUUUCACCAGCAAACCAAUAGAACACCUGACAAUGAUUAUGCAAAGCUUUAAAGGACAAUAUGAAGUGAUUUUCUUUUCUAUGGGUGAUAUUUCAUUGCAACAGUGGUUUUUGUUGGUUGUUUUUUUUUUAAUCACUAUCUUGCCAAAGUCAAAUGUUGCACUUCAGUGCUCUGAAAAUAUUUUUUUUUUUGUAUUUUAAUAUAAAACUGCAAGCAUUUUCAUUA